AUGACAGAUGCGUAUAACUUCAAUGGAACAGCAACCCACAAUAACCAGACUGACAGAAUUUGCAAUAAUAUGAAUGGAACCUGUGCUUCCAAUAAAACUUCAAAUGCAGAUUCAUUAGAUAAUCUCAAUAAUUUCACCGUUUCAUCAAACUCUACAGUAAAAGACCUGCUAUGUUCAUACAGGGAAAAUAAUACUCAUUGUACUAAUGAAGCUUUUGACCAAAGUAAGAGUAUAUUCAAACAAAUAGAAGUAAAUACAACUUCAAAAACGGAUUAUAAAAAGAGUGACGAGUUAAAAGGUCACUUUAAAAAUAGUUUAAAAAGAAAAAGGAGAUCAUUUAAUAGGAAUAACGAUGACGAUGGUGAUGACGAUGACAAAACAGUUAUACCUAGAGUUUACGAUGUAAUAAAAGACCAAAAUAUAGAAAGAGAUGAAUUAAACUUACCAAAAUUUAGUCCAAGUGACAUCAUUAAAUCUUCAGAUCUUCCGGAUUUUAAAGUUCCUGCUUCCCAUAAAAGUGAUAAGCCAGACCAUAAUCAAUUCCAGAGAAAAGAACAAAGAUAUCCUAGUCCAAUAAAUAAUGACCAAUACUUUGCUAGAGGUCGAAGUACAAAUAAACAAAAUAAGUCAUACCAACAAAACAAAAGAGAAUUUAACCCCACAACACAAAAAGAAAGAUAUUACGAUAAAAUAAAUAACGAACAUUAUCUACCUAAAACCAGAGAAAUCACCGAAGAAAGCGCAGAAAUCAAUGUAAGGCAAAACCCAAAUAUAGAAAAUUCUUCGUAUGAAGAUGAAAGGGGUGACAUUUCUGAUAAUAACAAUAAUAAAAACGAAAGAGAACAUCACAAUAAAGUGCCAACUAAUAUUUUACCGAGAGGAAAUUUAAGAUAUCAUAAAGAGAAAAAAAAUAAGUAUCACAUAUCAAAGGCUAAGAAAAUAAAUGACGAAAGUAAAGAAAAUAAUAAUAAAAACAAUGCAUCAUUCGAAGAAGAUGAUGAAGAUGAUGACGAUGAUGUUCAAGAUGAAAGAUUCGAAGACGAUGACACGGCCACAAACAAACCCAAAUCUACACAGGGUCGAAAAGAAGAAUAUAAUGAAGACAUUAUCAAACAAAAAGGUAAGGAUAAUUUUUCAUAUGAGGAAGAUGAGGAACCUGAUACAGAUUUUAUAAGAAAUAAGAACAUUCACGGGCACAAAUUACUACCUAAUAAUAGUUUACAUGGAAAUAAUGAAAAAUAUAAUGAUAAUCAUAAAAAUCCCUCACAUACAUCUAAAAAACCUGAUGAGUAUAAUGAUGAGUAUGAUGAAACUGAAGAUGAUUACAAAGAUGAUGUAGAUGAAAAAGAGCCAUUAAAAGAAUUUAAAUCAGGUAGUAGUUUUCAGACCCAUAAACCAUCUGAUGACGCUAUAUUAGAGAGACAUAACCAAGAAUAUAAUGAUAAAAGAAAUAAACAUUUUGCAACGGUACUUAAAAAAGAAGAUGAUAAUAAUGAUGAUAAUUAUGAUGAUGAUGAUGAGGAUGACGAUGAAGACUCUAUUGAACAUUCUAAAAAUAAUAGUAAAAUUGAUAGCCAUAAGCAGCCACCACAUAAUAUAUCACCAAAACAAAAUGAACUGUACAAUAAUAAAAAUGAAAAUAAUAAAUAUUAUUCACCAGAACAUAAAAAUCUUGACGAAAGUAAUGAACGGCAAGAUACUUACAAUAAUCACUAUCAAAAUAAAGAAAACGUUGAUCAACCUAUUGAAAACGAUAGUGGUAUUCAUGAAAAUAAACAAAUUAGUAAUAAAAUACAAAGGCAACAUGAAUUAUACAAUGUAGAUAAAAAUAAGUAUCCCGUAUUGAACUCGAAAAAUCGUGAUGAUCAAAGUGAUGAAAAUUACGAAACGCAAGGUAAAAGUAAAGAAAGUGAAUAUGAAGAAGACAUUAAAGAUUUUCCUAAGAAAUAUAGUAAAAAUGAAGAAUUACCGACAAAUACCGCAGCAGUGCCUCUGCAUAGUUACAAAACUGCGGACUUUAGGAAAGAACGUAAGGAACAUGAAAGUAAAGAAAAUGAAGAAACUUAUGCCCCUGUUAAGAUUUCACACCAAAAUUACGAAGCGGACUCUUUGAUUCAACCUACUGUCAGACCAAAAAUUAAUAAAAAGCUUAAAAAUAAAACUGCGAACAAUAGAAAACCUAAAGUUAAUAAACAAGUUCUCAAUAGAGGUGUCGCGAAAUCUGUAAUAGAAUCGAAUAAUGAAAAUAGUAGUGAAGAAAGUAACGAAAAUUCCAAUGAAAAGCUCACUGGUAAUUUGAAUAGCAUAGUUCCUAGUCAUGGCAAUCAUCGCAGAAUUAACCCUAAUAAAACAAUCAGAAAACCUAAAGUUAAGAAACAGUUCCAAACAAAACCUUUAAAUCAAGCAGAUUCUAAUGCGUCGAAGAAGGAUUCUUUGACGAAUUCUGAAUCCGAAGGUACUCUUGAUAUUUUAUCCCCAAAAACUAAUAAAUAUGAUGAACAUUUGAAAAUCAAGUUUGAUGAUAUUAACAUAAAAUUGCCAGAAAUCAAACUUCCACAAAAUAUUUUAUCAUAUGCCCAAGAAGUUCCUGAUACCAAUAACGAUAAAGUGAAAAAUAAUUACUACAAUCAGCAAAACCACGAUCUUGCACAGUAUAAACAAAAUCCAAAUCCUCAGGGGGAAACUGGUAAUAGUUAUCGUCAUUAUGAUCCGACAGCUACUACAGUGUAUUCCCAGCAACCUAAAGCUAAGGGAGACAAACCAGCUGAAGAAUACGACUUUUUCGCUUCGUAUAUUAACAAACCUAAUGAAGAAAUUAAGACUGAUGAAGAUACUAGUAAUAGUGAUAUCGAAGAUGGUGAAGAUUUAUAUGAAAGAUUUGUUCGUGAGAGAUUCGGCAGAAAAGACUCUUUUAAAGAAAGGACAGAAAAAUUGCAAGAAAAAAAAGCGCAGGAGAACAAGUCCACAACCAAAAAUAAGGAAUUAUUUGACAACAUACAAAAAGCAAUAAAAAAGGCUGAAGAAGUUCAACAAGAGGCGGAAAAAAGUAAAGACCCUAAAGCUAAUUACCUAUGGACUUUAGAAUAUGGAGAGAAGGUAUAA